GCUCUACUUGAAAUAAAGUGAAAUUUUAAAGAAAUUUGAUUUAUUUACAAAUUGAGAAAAACUGCGCCUAAGAAAAUAAAUUUAUUGGAAUCUGAAAGCUUCGGAAAUAUUGAACGAUAAGUGUUCAGAGAAGAGCAUAGCGAUUCUGCAUUUUGGCUGGUUGGCAAUUUCUUAUUUUUUUACCACACAUAUUGUGAAACUUCGCGGAGCUCAGUGGCAUUUUGCUUGUUAAUUAAUAACAGCGCCGAAAGCUAGUUAUAUUCAAUUCGCGUAAGUGUUAAAUAAAAACACUCACUGUGGAAUUGCGCAUGAAUACAUAUAUCGUGUGCAAAUCGGUGAGAAAAUUGUAAAGGAAUCGACGCCUAUCAGCCAGGGGUAAACGAGGAACGGAGAUGCCCUUUUAUGGACUAUAUGUGCCUGGAAAGGAAGCAAUUUUGUCGCCGUUGGAAAACGCCUCCACGGCUUGGCAGCAACACAUCUUCCCCAGUUGCAUGCAAUUUAUUCAUAUCGCCGGUUAAAUCUCGCUGCUCUAACAGUACACCAUCUAAAACAUCGCUCACAAAUACCAGUAACGGUAGUCCCAAUAUCGGCACACCAAUUAUGAAAGCUAAUCGACGGGCACUAUUUAAUUCCACUCCACAGCGUUCAAGUUUUGAGACAGUUGUUGAGAAUGGUAUCGAUGAUGAUAUAUCUUUAGUUGUCGAUAAACAAAAUGGGAAUCAUAAGGCUGCUGAAGAAGGCGAAGGCACUGAAGACGACAACAUCAACCCGGCACUAGUGAGCGAAGAGGAAACAAAUAAUAAUAGUAACGAACAAAUAACCUCGCAAGGCGGAGAUAUCAAUGUUUUAAAAAAUAUAACAUCACAAAACACGCCAGUUCUACACAUGAAACGCAACUUAUUUUUCACGUAUCGCGAACCACAUCCUAAUACUCCAGUGGAGCAGAAUGUACCCGAAGCCAAUGAUUCGCCUAACACAUCUAUGUUGGGUGACCUGGACCUGAGCGCAAUUGCCACUAAUAAUGAGACUCAGCAGUUGGAGCAGCCUCAGCAGCAUGCAUUCAAGCUAAAAGGGAGCAUGCUAAAAACUGCCCUGUGCCGUAAAAUGCCAUUGUUUAAGGAUAAUUUCAGCACCUAUCGCGAUUCGAGCGCAGUCUCUUCGCCAGACUCAGACUGUUGCAAUGAUUCGCGUAGCAUAUUGCUAAAUGAGCCUGAAUACCUCGACAGUCCGGGGUUCAAAGAGCGUCAUAUUAAAAUUACAGAUACUGAAAAGGGCUUAGAAUUGAUUGGCCGUGAACUGGCUAAGGAACAAAACGUAGAAUGGCGCGAAUAUUGGGACUUUUUAGACUCAUUCAUCAACAUUGCAUCCGAUGAUGGUUUGAGUAAACUAGAAAACUACUUCACACAGCGUCUUAAGGAGGAGGAAAUGACAAAGAAAACUGCACAAGCAAUGGCCAAGUCGGCGGUAAUUUUGGACAGUGUAUGCAAUGCGCUGGAUAAGUUACACUUUCCUGAGAACGGCAGUCUGCAUGAUUUUCGAAAUGGUUUUAAUAAUGAAAGGGCGCGCUUCGCAAACAUGACGGGUACCGGCGAAACAAGUACAACGGCGCCUCAAUCUACAACACCCUACACAUGUGUUGAAAAAUCGGUACAAGUGUUUGCCAAACGGAUGACAAAGACAAUUAUACAUAACAUUGAUAACGUGGUAUCUAUUAACGACACCCUCCUGUCCGAGUUAAAAAGACUGAAAUCGUUAAUAUGUAGUUUUAAGGAAGAUACGCGUUUCCUAAAUGUAAACUUCGCAAAAGUACACUCAAGAAUUGGCAAUUUAAUUUCAGUCUACUUGGCAAAUUCACAAGAAGUAACAUCUGCCAUGAAAUCAAAGAUUAAAGGUCUUAUUAAGCACAUGCUUACGCCUGGUGAGCGGCGUGAGCACAUCGAAUGUGUUUGCUGGCGAAUACUUAAAAUGUUGGAGUCACCAACCGAUCAAAUACUGCCCGAACAACUUAAAACCGAAGAAAUGUGUUCAAGUGCGUGGGAGAAGGAACAGGAAUGCGAGUGCCAAUGGGAAACUAAUCUCAGUCGUAAAACAAGUCGACGAAAUCGUAUGGAAGCGCGUUAUCGUAGCCAUCAACAAGCUAAACAACAACACCAGCAGCAACAAGAUUUUCAAAAAGCCAAUUCAAGAAAUGUAGAUGGUAGUAUUGAGUGGCGUGAUCCAUUUCCGUGCAACGACUCGGAUGCAAUGAAGGUUAACGAGCAAUGGCGCGAUCCUGUUGACUGCAAUGAGGGAGGAGGUGAACGAUGGCGCGAUGCCAAUAUACGUGAUGAAUCACCCGAUAACGAUAUAUUUUGGUCCGAUUUUGGAGAUACGGAUUCAGACAAUGAAGAAGAGGUGUGGGCUACGCCACCCGAGAGUCCAUCCCAGUGGAGUUUAAUGGAAGAACCUGAGGAGACAUUCAAGAUUUUUAUAUAUGGCAAUGAACCGACAAAACGCGAUGUGGACGUAUUGAAUGCCAUUAUUCAUGUUGAUAUUGAUAAAACAAAAUAUGCCAACAUAAACUCCUGGAAAACUGCAUUGCUACGCUAUCCUAAAGAGGAAAUGGAUGCCUUUCCAUCACUUUCUAUUGUGAAGAAAUCGCACUCGUUUACAAUGCCUCGUACACCACAACGUAAACAGUUCCCGCCUACACCUUUUCCUCAGCGGCAGCCAACAUCGAAAAGUCUUUCGAGCACGCCAAUUACAGUCAAGUUAACAGGCACACCGGCUCUACCGUCACAACAGAUGGAUCCAACAGUCAAACAGCGAGUACUGCCAACAACAGCGAAGCGCCUCUUUGCGCGUCAAACGCUUUCGAACCUAUUGGCGCCCUUCCACGCCAACAACACUCACUAACAACUGUUUUUUAUUUGGUUAUGCGAAGUGUGGCAAGUCCGGUGAUAGUUGCGCAACUUGGAAUAGGAAGUGUUGGGGGCUAAGUUUCAAACACAUUUUCAAAUACCAUUAAUUUAAAUAUUCAUUGCUGAAGAUAAACUUACAAUAAUGUACUACUUUUAUGUAUGUUCGUAUAUGCGUUAACGUUAUUAAUGAUUUCUGGCUGUAAUCAAACUGAGUUCAUUUGGAAUUUAUCGUAAAAUCUCUAUGCGUAUUUUUAAAGCAUAGAAACGCGUUUUAUAUUGGUUAAAUUUUUAUGUUUUCGUUAUACAAAAUAAAUAAAACUUUAUGAAGUAUUUGUAUUUUAUUGUACCAACUUACUCAUGAAUUUAUAGUAUUAAACUCAAUAAAUAAUUUGCCGCCAGCUAAAUUUUAUUUUAUUUUUUCUAAACUAAAUGAUGUGCAGCAGUAAACUACGGAGACGCAAACAAAGGCUGAAUUUACUAAUUUAUACAUAAAAACGUACAUAUAUAAAUUAUAUAACUUAAAUUUGAGUACAUACUAUGCAAAACUUUCAAAAAUCUCGCAAGAAGACCACUUUUUAGAACAAUAUGUUUUGACAUUAAGCUGCAGUUUGCCAUUAUUUAUUGAAAUAACUUUUCCAAAUUCUAUAAUGGGCCUAAAAAUGUGAAAAAAGAAAUUAAAUUCCUUGAUUUUAAACUGAAUGCUGAGCGAUUUCUUAUUUGAGUUUCCGUAUGCUAUGGAAUGUAUUUUGUAAAAAUUUUUAUGAAACAAAAAAUAUGUGCAGCGAAAUGUGCGAAAAUCUUCAAUUCUGAUACAUAAUUAUAAAAAAUAAAAGUUUUAAACGACGCUGAAGCGAUAAAAAAA